CUUUGUUGUCGUCGGACGGAGUGAAUUGGGGACCACAUACCCACGGAUUUUUUAGUGCACGGUGUACACACGUGAAUCGGGACCACCACAACAGCCGGCAUGGAUGUCACCAACGGCAUGAGGCCCAUUUUCGGAGGCUACCCGUUUCAAGGGCAAGGACGUAUGAAUCAACUGGGAGGAGUCUUCAUCAAUGGUCGGCCGCUUCCGAAUCACAUUCGACUGAAAAUAGUCGAAAUGGCAUGUAAGGGAGUUCGUCCUUGUAUCAUAUCUAGGCAGCUUCGCGUGUCUCAUGGGUGCGUUUCAAAGAUCUUAAAUCGUUAUCAAGAGACCGGCUCGAUCAGACCUGGUGUCAUUGGAGGCAGCAAGCCAAGAGUAGCUACACCCGAGAUCGAGUCAAGGAUCGAAGAAAUGAAGAGAGACAAUCCCGGCAUUUUCUCGUGGGAAAUCCGAGACAAACUCGUAAAGGAAGGUUUCUCGGAUCCUCCAAGCGUCAGUUCUAUCAGUAGACUGCUUCGCGGUGGACGACCUGGCGAUGAUGGAAAGAAGGAUUACACAAUAGACGGCAUCCUAGGAGGUGGUCGUUGCGGCGACGAAUCGGACACUGAAAGUGAACCGGGUAUUCCUCUGAAGCGAAAGCAACGUAGAAGCAGGACUACGUUCACCGGAGAACAACUAGAGCAACUAGAAACUGCGUUUCAACGGGCGCAAUAUCCUGACGUUUAUGCGAGAGAAGAAUUAGCCCAGAGGACUGGUCUUACGGAAGCUAGGAUACAAGUAUGGUUUAGCAAUCGUCGAGCACGGCUGCGGAAGCAUGCUGGUAGCAUAGCUCAUUCGGUAGCCAGUUUACCCUUGAGUACUUGUCAGUAUGCAGCCAGUCAUGAACUGGCACAGCUACCGCAAGUACCUCAGAUGUCAACUGGUAUACCGCAAGUGGCAACUUCGUUGCACCACAGCCCGUCAACACUGCAACAGUCGAACGUCACCGGUGCACACCAAAUCCCAGGAACAACCUCACAAAUACCCACCAGUAGUACGUCCAUCAUCCCAGUACCGGCCACGAUCAGCAGCGUUCUUCCAGGUCAAGCAGUAUCAAUUUCUGGACACUUCAGUUCGUUGCAGAGCCACGCGAUGCAGAUCGGCCAAGUCCCAACGAUUCAACCACCAGCAGCCCACGGAGCACCAACAUCCCUUUCUCAUAAUGCCGGAAACUCUGAUUGGUGUAGAGUUGGAUGGGGACAGUUCAGUCACUUUCAAGGAGAAUAUACGUCGAGUCAUCAACACACAUCACACGUAGGACAUCCUGGUACAUCAUCUUCCGGUACCGUCAACUCCGCGUCGUCUGCGGAAUGGUACGAUCAGGGUUACGAUUAUUCUCAGCAUAGUCAACUGAAUUAUCAUCGAACUGCAGGUGGAAUAUUUUAGGAGAAGAUAUUUCUAUAAUCAUUUGUAAAUGUCAGUCGCAAAAUUUAUUUAUUUGUACAGUUUCACUUAUACAACAUAUCUACUUUUCUAUUUCCGCUUUUCACAUUCCUUUCAUGUACAGUAUAAAUUGUAUAAUAUUUCUGUUCCUAUAGAUAAGUUUAAGUAUCUUUUUCAUUUUCUCUAUAGUGGAAUAUCUUUCUAAUUUUUUCAUAGAAAUCUGACUAUAUAUCAAUAAGUAGACACAUAUUAAAUGCGUAAUUUAUAUACUUCUUAAAUUGCGGGAAACAUGCAAUAGCCGCAAAAGCAAAGAACAUUGUUUAAUAAUUCGACAUUAACCCCUUGCCGUACUUUGACGAGUUCAACACAUUGAGUGCCAAAAGCCUCUUUUCUCUUCCUUUCCAUUUAACCCGCGUU